CUGCAGAGUGAAUUUGGGGCAGGCAGCUGAUGCUCUCUGUGCCGCAUUUCCUGGGCCGUUACACCUUGUGCCACUCGUGGAGCACAUUAGGAGCUGGUCAGGUGAAGGGCUGGCUGAGGUUGAACUGAGGUUUCCGUGACCUGGACUGGAAGACAUGGACUUCUGUAAGAGGCUCUGUUGGGAAUCCUGUGCAACCUAGAGUUAAUGGACUAGACUGGGUAUUUCUAGGUUGCAUGUGGCUUGAUUGUCACUGAUAAAGUGACAGGUGGCCACUGAUACCUCUGUGUGCAGAAGCUCUCAUGUAACCAGCUGACAGGUGAUGUUUGCUUAUGGUGUUUUGAUUUGCCCUGCCUUAACUCUUAGAAUAGAGGGGCAGUGUCUCUCCAUUAGGUAUUGGAUGAGGCCCUGCAUUUUGGGUAGUCAGGUUUGUGAAAUACAAAGCUGGAACUCUCUUAAGUUUCAUGAUAAAAGUGGAGUCCAAAAUAAACAGUAGAGUGCUGGAAGAGAACAUUCUUCUAGUGCUCUAGAAGAGACAGACUCUCUCUGGAGGGAGAGUUUCAGAGACUGCAUGUGCAAAUGAUUGCUCUGCAGCUGUUUGUUGCCUUUCAGUUUUGCUUCAUCUUUGUGCAUAUUCCUGUGAGGACAGCGAAGGAAGACAAGAAUGAUACAUGUAGCGUCACAGUCACGUGUAGGGCUGAAGUAUGGUAUGAAUCUCACAGAAGUCUGGUUUACCCCAUGUUAGCAUCAAAAACUUCAUUGUCAUGAAUUCAGCCAGGCUGACAGGUGCUGGCUUACUUCCACUGUGGAAAUUUAAUAGUUGCAGGAAGGAAGAGGGGAACAUAAAUGUCCUCCUUCCUCUGCUGACCCAUAUUUUGUAUAAUCAAGAACUUCAGUCAUGAGCUGUGAGACUGAAGAUGUCUUCUCCUGGCAACCCCUACUUCCCCUAGACUGACCAAAAUAUUCAGAACCUUUAUGAGAUGACCAAAGAAAAUUGAGAUGCCCAUACCUGUUGGAUGGGAACUUUAUACUUGGUUGCAAAGUUAUGAUAAACAGCAAAAGCUAUGUAGGUUUCUAUUUCCUUGUACUUUUUUUUUCUUUUAUACUGAUUAUAAUUUCUUUUAUUGCUGAUUUAUUCCUUAAAAUUAGGCACUGAUUGUUCUGCUGGCCAGCUGGCUAGAAAAUGUAUAUGUUCACCGAAGAUUAAGAAUUAAGGAAGCAAUAGUUACUUCUUCUGGUCAUGUUCUGGAAUGGACUGCAAACCAUGACAAGUGCUCUGUGUUUCCAGAAUUUUUAGUAUGGGUCAUCUGUUUCUGUAAUGUUUGUGUUUGUUUUGUUUUUAAUGGAUUAAAUUGCACGGGAGAAAUAAACAGAAGGAUCUUUGCAAAUCCUGGAACUAUUUAAUAAUAACUAAAGAAGGAAUAAUAGCAGGUUUGCAGGUCUGCUUUUUUUCUUCUUGUGUUAUCUUUAAUUCUUGAGCUGUGUCAAUGAGUAUCAUCCUCUGACUGGUAGGCUUUCUUUACUUCAGAUCAUGCAGGCACAGGAGUCUGUAAGGAGUUUAGAUGUGAAGCUUGUUGUCUUUUAGUUCAUGAGUAGAUGUGGAUUUAUUCAUCUGGUUCCUGCUUGGGUGGUUGAUUGUUUUUUGUGUUCCUUUAUUGGUGCCAAGUUACAUAAUGUGUCACUGGGAUGUGCGAGAGCAAGACUGAAGGCAGGUUCCACGACUGCUGUUAAUCUUUUGUCUUGUUUAUCAUCCUUUGGAGAAUGGACCUAAAGCUCUAUGUGGCCACUGAAGCCAUCCUCAUCGCAUUGGUGGGUGCAAUUCCUCCCUACCACUGGGAUCUCCAAGGGCUCUCAGCUAAUCAGAGCCAUGGCAACCAUUCAGUGGGUGAGCAGGGAGCUUUUGGGGAUUGGCUUCUGACUGCCAACAGCAGCGAGGUGCGUAGGCACGUGCACUUCGACCGCAGCUUCACAUCCAUAGUCUCUGAGUGGUUUUUAAUAGGCAAUGCAUCGUACAAAGUCAGUGCUGCCAGUUCUUUCUACUUCAGUGGUGUGUUUGUUGGAGCCAUCUCCUUUGGCCAGCUGUCGGAUCGCUUCGGGAGGAAGAAGGUCUAUCUCACAGGUUUUGCACUUGACAUCUUGUUUGCCAUUGCAAAUGGAUUCUCACCCUCAUAUGAAUUCUUUGCCGUUUCCCGAUUCUUGGUAGGGGUGAUGAAUGGUGGGAUGUCACUGGUAGCCUUUGUUCUACUGAAUGAGUGUGUGGGUACAGCCUACUGGGCAUUAGCAGGUUCUAUUGGUGGCUUGUUCUUUGCUGUUGGAAUUGCCCAGUAUGCUUUAUUAGGGUAUUUCAUCCGUUCCUGGAGGACUCUGGCUGUUGUGGUUAAUCUGGAAGGAACAGUCGUCUUUCUCCUCUCUCUAUUCAUUCCUGAGUCCCCCCGCUGGCUCUAUUCCCAGGGCCGUCUGAACGAGGCAGAAGAUGCCCUCUACCUCAUUGCAAAGAGGAACCGCAAGCAGAAAUGCACUUUUUCAUUGAAACUCCCUGCAGAGAGGAGCUCCAGAGAGGCUGGCAGCUUUCUGGACCUGUUCCGAUACAGGAUUCUCCUGGGACGCACCUUGAUCAUGAUGUUCACCUGGUUUGUGUGCAGCUUAGUUUACUACGGUCUUACGCUUAAUGUGGGUGACUUAGGUGGAAGCAUUUAUGCCAAUUUAGCCCUGUCAGGCUUGAUAGAAAUCCCAGCGUACCCAAUCUGUAUUUACUUGAUUAACCAAAAAUGGUUUGGUCGGAAACGAACGUUGAGUGCAUUUUUAUUCCUGGGAGGAUUGGCUUGUCUUAUUGUCAUGUUUCUGCCUAAGAAGAGAGAUACUGGAGUGUUUGCAGUGGUGAAUAGUCGCUCUCUGUCUUUGCUGGGAAAACUGACAAUCAGUGCUGCAUUUAAUAUUGUCUACAUCUACACAUCAGAACUUUAUCCCACAGUCAUAAGGAAUGUUGGAAUGGGUGCCUGCUCCAUGUUUUCCCGUGUUGGUGGAAUCAUUGCACCUUUUGUCCCUUCAUUGAAAUCUGUACAGUGGUCUCUGCCUUACAUUGUGUUUGGAGCAACUGGUCUGUUGUCUGGGCUCUUAAGCUUACUGCUGCCAGAGACCUUAAACAGCCCCUUGCUAGAAACUAUUUCAGACCUGCAGGUGUGCUCCUACUGGAGGCUGGGUGAUGAAGCCAUGUCACUGCAAGCCCUAGAUGGCUCACAGUCUGGAGACAAAGACAGCUCUACAGGGAGUGGAAGUGAAGAUGAGGAGUUCUAUGAUGCUGAUGAAGAGACUCACAUGAUCAAGUAAUGAAAAGAAGACACACUGGCCUAUUUUAUGCCUCUUCUUGCCCAGUCAGUCCAGCUGUAUGACAAGUACCGGGGACCUUGCUUGCCAGGCAAUGUAAUUGGGCAAGUGCCUGUGUUUUUCUCUACUUGGAGAGGGAUUUGGGUACUGUUCAGACUGAUGACACCACUGAUGCUCUCCAUACAAGGCAGCCAUUCCAAUUCUUGUGGUUCAGAAUGACAGUGCAUGGACUGCAUUUGAAGCCAGGUGAGACAGCAAGAGUGGGAUGAUGUAUUUCAGAAGCCCAGGAAAUAACCUAGGCUUAGACAGAUUUGGACAGAUCAUCAGUGCAUGUGUUAGUGUUUUAUUUUCAAGGUGGUGGAUUUUAUUUCAGUACAAAUUGGUAAACUUUGAAACAACCACUGUAUUUUUCCACAAGGGGGAAAGUGGUCAGAGAAUCUGCUGUGUGCUACUCCAGUGGGAACAAAUUGCUGAAAUUGUAUGUUAAAAUGGCUUUUUCAUAGUCAGUAGAGGAGAGGCAGCUGUGAACAAAAGGUUUCUCUGUGUGCACACCUGUGCAGAGUUACAGGUGCAGCUGGUUAGUCAUGAGCUGGGCUUUACCUUAGUGAUAAUGGAAGGCUGGGAGGAAGGACUACACAAAAGAGCAGCCACAGAGCCUGCAAGCAUAAGGAACGUUACUGAAUUUUUUCCUUCUUUUCAUACACAAAGCUUUGUCUUGGUCUGUCUUGUGCAUAUGUUUGCCACAUGUUCCCCACAUCUCAGCAUGGCUGUUUAUAGCUUUGCCUACUUUUACCUUGUCCUUACUUUGCCAUAACUAUUGAAGCUCAGCAACUUUUCUGUGGAGUGAAAUAAUUCUGUGAUGGAUAUAAUUUCCUGGGUGCAACAAAGGUGAGGUAUUUCUCACAUACCGUGUGUGUGGUGUGAUAGAAUGUAUAGCUUGCUUUUCUGGACCUAUUUGGGUCUUUGUUUCUGGAAAAGGCUUAACUCUGAAGUGGUAAGAGGAACUGUGCGGUGCUGUUAUAUUUUGGGUGCUAUUUUCAGGAAGUUGCUAGUGUUUGUUUUAAAAUCUUGUGUGUAGCUAAGGUUUUCAUUUAAAAAGUCAGCAAAUCUCUUUGGACCUUUUUGGUUACUUGAUGUUUUUUAACCAAUGCUUGCUCAAGCACUUGGUUACUUGACCUUGUUAAGGAAAACAUCUUAACUUCCCUGUUUCACUGAACUUUCUGUAAGUGCUUCAUUAGAGGGAUAUGGAAUCCUGAAGUAUGAAACAUGAACAUGUGGAACAUUCCAGCUACAAAAAUGAGGCCUUACAAAGAUUCAGUUUUCUUGACAUUGUCAUCUUCAUCCUCUAACCUGUGGCUUUCUCUGUUAAGAUUGGUUUCCAUACAACAUUAGUCUUCCUACUUGGAGUUCCUAGCAAAGUGGCACACAAUGGCAGUAAAUAUAUUUUCAGGCUCAUGAGUCAUUUUUGCAUAUCUUAGAAUUAAAAAAGGUGGGUCUAAGAAUAUCAAAAUGUCUGCUGAAUAUUUCCUUGUUAAAGUGGGAAGUUCCUUUACUCUGCAAGGAAGUGAAAGUAAGCAGCAUCUGAAGUUUGCAGCUAGCUGCUUGAACUUUGUUCACUGGGAACUGUAAUACAAAGAGCAAAGUGCAGCUGCCCUGGUUGGUGCAGAGAGCAGCCCAGAGUCUGCAGUUUCACACAUGCAGCAUUCUAGUUGAUCCAGGUGCUGACUCUGAGCUAAGGUGGAAACCAGUCCCUAUGAACAGUCGCUCAAUAUUGUUGUGAUUUUUGCCUGUAUUAUGAGUGUCACUGGAAGAAUUCUCACUCAUGAUCUUCACUCCCCCCCCCCAGCUGUUGAGUAGUUGUUGCAGAUGUGGCACUUUUUAACCCAGCUGAGUAGUCUUUCUGCCUUAUUUAGCCCUUUUGUGUAUAAGAAAAUUUGUACGAAAUAAGGUACUUGGAAAAGUUUAAGCUAUUCAAAUAUUUUAAAAUUUUUUACUGGUACUUUAAUUUAUGGACAGCUGUGAAAAUGACUUUUUAUGGCUGAUGGCAGACAGCUGUAAGCCUGGCAGUAAUAACACGUUGCCAAGAACCAACAGUUGUUUUAGGUGUGUGUUGCCUCUGUCCUUCUUUGGAUGUUGGGUGGAAUAAGUCAGGAGCUGUCGUUAUCUGCUCCUGGCAACCUUGAGUAAUGCCACAAGACCCUCAUUCAUCAACAGUAGGAUGCUGUAAUGGUUCAGGUGGAAAAGAUUGCUCUUUGCAGGAUGUGAGCUGGAUUUUGUGAGUCUUCAACUAAAGUCUUCUUGUUAGUCUUCAAUUAAAAAUUAAAUUUACCUCUCCACUCAUGCACUUUUGUAUCAUUGGUAUACAUAUGUAAAAUAGCAAAAACAAGAGUGAAGACAAAACUAGCAAUUUUAUUUGCACAGGAAUUUUUGCUCUUUUUUUAACCUUAAAUCUGUCCCAUGUUUUCCCCUUUAAAAUUUUAAAGGGAAUAUUUUAAAAUGAAUUUUAAGUCUUCCGUUGUUGCUUUCCCAUAUCAGUUAAUUCAGAAAAUGUAGAGGAGAGAAUCCCUACAGGAGGUGCUCAGCAGUGUAGCAUCAGACUUUGUUCUCCAGCUUUCUCCUUCUGAAGUUCAAAUUCAUUAGGUGCAUUAAGUUUCUCCUCUGAGGCUGUUCAUUUUCUGUAUGAGUUGGCCUUCUGGUACAGAAACCUAUUGGAUCACUUUUCUUCUUACCCAUGAUAUGUAAUGCUUUACAAUAUUGAGAUAGUUGUACCUCAGUGUCUGGGUAGUAAGUUUGCCAUGAGGAGCUACUGGAAAGUAGAACACUGGGUACAUUGGUUUACUGCAUAUUGUAGUGCUAGGAGUCUGAGACCAAGGUUCUUGCUAUAGUUUAGUGCAGAAUAAUAAUCUUUUGCCAUGUUUUUUGCUAGAGUAGCCAAUACUGUUAGCGAUUUUCAUGUUGGGUAGGUACUAAGAUACUACAUUUCCCAAAAUGAUUUUUUUUCUCUGGAUUCCCUUGGCUGUGAUUUUUUCCUUUUUUUUGUUGUUUUUUUUUUCCUCUCUUCUUUUUCCAGGUAGCUGACUUAGUGGGAUUAUGCUAGAGAGAAGAGAGCCUUUUCCAUGGUGCUGAUUAGUCAGGUCUCAGCAGAAUCCCAAACAUACUUCACCUACCUGAGGAGCUCACAAGUGAUAAGUGAAUACAGCUAAGAGUGAAGGAGAGUGACAGGUCAUGUGAGGCAGCAUGGAGGAGAAUGAGCUGGAAGAAGUAAAAAAACCCAAAAAACUGGAGGAUUCAACUGAAACACUUUAGGGCAAGGGUAAGUGAAAACACAAAAUAGCAGCUGUUGGGUAGAAAUACCCUUUAACACAACACAAUUUCAAAUUUCUCCUGCAAACAAAGCUGAUGCUCUCUAUUUAGGAAUUGGGAAAGUGCUGUUCAGAGACCCCUGACAUACCAGAAGCUUAGAAGCUCUGUGUUAAAGGAGAGCCAGAGAUGUGUUCAGGUCAGGAUGCUGAGUGAAGAACCUCUCCAGAGACACCUAACAUGGAGCUGGUUGCAGCUUGUUUCCCCCAUAGUUACAGUCGAGGCUUUAAGGAUGGGAGCCACAUGCUCAUCAGCUCAAAGUGUGCAAUCCAUGCCAGCUUUUCCAAACUGUGUGGAUGUUCUGAGGUUAGUAGGAUAUAAUUUACAGAAUCAUGGGGAAUGCAGUUGAGCCUUACAUUUUACGGUAUAUUUCACCUGAGCAUAUAAAAGCAGUUUGCAAGAGAAUAUUUUUGUUGUACUCAGAAAAAGGGGAAAAUGAGGAAUUUUUCCUGGAGCGUGUUAAAGGGAACAUUAGAACUAAAGCUUUUGUUCUUGAGUCUUCUAAAUGCAGAUAAUAAUCGCUGAAUGCAGAUUGGGUGAGUAGUCUUUUGUUUUAGCUGAAGGUUGUGUGCUAUUUAUCCCUUUUCCCACCCUGUGAGCCCUUCUCUGGUCAUGCUCUUUGACACAGCUGAAUCUGUGACUGCAGACUGUGAGCCUUGCAGCAAAGAUGUCAGAAAAGCCCAAGAGCAGUGCUGUCAUUUGAUGGUGGAAGUUAGUGUGGCCUGACACAAUGCUUGUAUCAGAAAUGUCUAUAUUCAGCUGUUCACCAAACAGGAGACUUAGGGUAUAGCUGUAUUUUGAGUCUCAUUCAUUGUAUCUUACUGCAAGAUACGUGGUAGAAAGACACCUAUGCAAGAAAACCUCUCUGGCAGAUCUAAAUGUGGAAUUGGAGGGCGAACAAAUUUAUACAUAAUUUUUUCCAUGUUGUGUGUUUUAAUUUUGUCUAGUCUGUUGUAGCCUUCAGAUUUUCCAGGUGCUACUGUUAAUGAAGGCUAGUAGAGCUGGGUAAAACUUUUACCCAGGUAGUCUGAAUUUACUGAACUUUCUCAUCCUAAUUUUGGUACUGUUACUGUUCUCUGUUUCUGUCAUUCUGAAAAAUGCUCCUGUAUUGCCUAAUAGGGAACAGAUUUUUUUUGUUCUAAUUUGCAGUGCCUGGUUUAUGAAAGUUGUCUUUAAUUUCCUCCAUCAAUUUUAUAUGGGACUAUGUGUAAAGUAGCAUCAUAGAAUUGGAUUAUAUGAGUGCCAAAGACAGUUUUUGCUGGAAAGCAGUAGUCCAAAACUAGUUCUAGCUGCCUUUAUUUAGACUUAAUCCAUGCAAAACUGGUCCGUCAGAGCUGGUAUUUACCAGCAUCCCUGAAACUAUAGGGACAGAGUGUUGCCUUUGUUUGCUUGUCUUUCAUUGCUCAGUUCACUUAAGUAGCUUUUGUCUCUGAGAAACCAAAGAAAUUAAAUGAAGGAUUAAAGUGUUCUUUUUGUAGAACAUUCAGAGUUCAUACCAUGUAGCUAUUACAGAGAAAUCUGCAGAAAUUAUUUUGAUUCUGAGUUGCAAAUGUCUUAAGACUGAUAAAGCCUAGUUAAAAACUGCACACUGGAAUUUGUUAGUUCAUUCAUCAAUCUUACAAAUUAGCAUUGCUAGUAAACAGUUUGCUUGCAGCUUCAUGGGAUCUAGCAGGUUUUUAUAAAAUGCACACUCUGUUUGAGGCAUUGCUAAAUAAUAAUGUAUGGAUUUUAAAUCCCUACUACAACUAAUAUUCACAAGUCAGCCUUAUCAUGGCUACAUGUUUGUCAGCAAAAAAGCAGAUGGAUAAAACUUUCUGCAGCAAGGGCUGAUUAGGCCCAGAAGAAGGAUUCUCUUUCAAGCUCCUCUGCUUGAAAGAGAUAAUUCUCUACACAUUCUCCGCUAUGUGUACAGAAUAAAGGGGGACUGUGGGGUGUAUACAGCAAGAUUGUAGGAUGGAGUAUGUUUAAAUACUUGCCUGCCCUCAUUCACUAAAGGUUUCUAGAGGAAAUCUGUCUUUAACAUGCAUGCUUCUGCUUCCCACCAGCACAUCUGAGGUGCUCAUAUUGUACCUACAUUGUCAGGAGCCAGGCAGAAAGUAUGGUGGCAAGAAAAUCUUUGCCAGUAUUAGAAGUUGUAUUUACUUAAAAAUAUCCUAGGAGAGGUAUCUGGUACAUCUGUUUUCAAAUAAAAUGUGUUUAAAUUAUGGAAGCCUGAUUGGGAGACAGGCAUUUCUGAUGUUAAUCUGUAAGAAAAAUAAUUUCUGCAGAUACUGAUGAAAAUUGUUACAGAGCAAACAACUAUUAGGUGAUUUGUGAGGAAAGUUGUGUAUACUUUGAUUUCAAGUAUGCCUCUAAAAUACUGGUUUCUAGUAUUUGAUCCCUUUCACUCCUCAAAUUCCAACCCAAAUUUUACUUUGUUCUUGUUAGAAUUUGAGUAAUGUGGAAAUGGGAAGUAUAUUUUUCAUACAGAUACUUUUAUUGCACUACCUUUGCUUCCUGAAUCAAAUAGUAUUUUGAUUUUUUAAGCUACCUCUUUUAUGAUGAGCUUUUUUUUGUCACUUUGAUUUUGAGGAAAUUACAAAAUAUUUCCUUUUUUUAUUUAUGUGGGAAUCCAUUACUUAGUCCUCAAGUCCUCCUUCCCUUUUAAAGGUUUUGUCAAAGGCCUUUUAAAUUUAGUUAAAAUAUUUAAAACUUCUGAGGAACUUCAUAUUUAUGCAGUUAGAUCAUGACUUUUCUGUAUAUGUUUUUUGUCUUUAAAAGGGACAAAAAGCCCUUAAUUUUGUACUAAUGUCAGCUGAAGGCACGACUUUUCAGUGGCAGUAGAUUUAGAGUCGGGGGGCUUUAAUCAAUUUAAUUUAUUGCCAGUUAGAGUUUUGUUACUGCUUUGGUGUUGGAAUUAAAAAUAAUCAUAACACUUAAGGAAAAUACUGCUGCUUUUCUCCAGACACUGAUCUUCCUUCUCUCUACCCAUGCCAUCCACCAAUUCCUUGGCUGCUUGUCAUGCUCAGUCCCUUCAGCAAGGCAACAGGCAGCACAGGAGACUGGGAUCAGUCUGUUGUGCUUCUAUUUAUUCACUGCUCUUUGUUCCAUGUUCUGCUGCUCUCUUGUGGGUUUCACCACCAGCCACAGUCCAUUUAGAGUUGUAGCUCCUUUUGAGCCUACUCUUGGCCUCUGCUCAGGCUGAUUUUCCUUUGAUGUUUCUCCUGCUCAGCUGUCUCUCAGUUUCUCUUUUGCUGGUGUGGGCUUACCCUUUUUUCCUCAUCCUGUUGUAGCACUGUAAUGUCUUUUCCUUGGUAUUUACAGCCCUGUCUUAAACAUUCUUUUGUCCAAGUGCCAUCAGCUCCUCUGGCAGUGUUGGAGUGCGGUGGGUCAGUGCUCGCUGGGCCCAAGAGGCAGUGGGCACUACCUGAAGCACAGGAGGAUCCAUCUGAGCGUAGGGAAGCACCUUUUUAAUGUCAGGGAGAUGGAGCACUGGCACAGGUUGCCUGGAGAGGUUGUGGAGUUUCUCAGUGUGUGCAGAUACGCAGGAGUCACUGGGACAUGCUCCUAGGCAGUCUGCUUUAGUAGUUGGCUCUGCAUGAGCAGGGAGGUUGGGCCAGGGGACCUCCAGAGGAGGUGCCACCUUCCAUCCUCAGCCGCCCUGUGAGUGCCAUGCCGGCUGCUGCGGAGCUGUCUGGGAGCAGCACGGGCAGUCCCUGGCACCGUCCCUCACAGGGACUCUCUGCACCCCCUCUGCCCAAGCCCUGGCAGCCCUGCUCAAACACCACUGCACAGGGUUUUCUUGCGAGUCAGGUCCUUGGCCUGGGCUGACAGGUGGCUGGUACUGCGUUGCCUUUCUGUGCUGGUGUUGUCUUAGGUCAAGUAACUGAAACUCCUAAGGACAUGAACAGACAUUUAUAGCCAAGCUCUGUCUGUAUGCAUUUAUAUCCUUGCUGAUUUCAGAAGACAGAACUUAGACCUCCUCUUGACCAGCGGGGUGAAAUACUUUUUUGCUGCUCCACCUUUCAUCAUCAUGAAAACAAAUCUUUGUGUAGUCUUUAUAUCCUGUAGACUUUUCCAUUGUUUUCUCAUUCCUGCUUAAUUUGAACUAGCAAUCAAAAGUCAUUGCCAGGUGAGAGCUGAGUAACAGGAAAUUGGUAACGGGGGCAGGGGGAGCAGAUCCAAUUAAAAAAUAAAGUUGUAUAUGGUUGAUGUGUGUACUGUUAAAUAUUUAAUUUGGAUUAAUGGAAUACUGAGUGUUAUGAGCCUUCCCAUGUUAAAAUGAGGACUGAUAUAUUUCAGAAGUACUUUGUCUUCUUUAACUGUAUUGGUGUGCUGUUGUUAACUCAGAGCUGUACUGCUGGAAAGUCUGUUUGUAGAAUACUUCAUCUGAGAAGUCACAACUAAAGACAGCAUAAGCUUUUCCACAGUAGACCUUUUAUGGUGAUAUAUUCAUAUGUUCUGUGAACAGUUGUUGGAUCCAUCUUUUUAAGAUGUUCUUUGCCAUAGGUGAGGGGCCAUAACAAAUAUUGAAAUAUUCAGAAUAAUUGCACUUACCUAUUCUGUUUUCUUAGUGUAUUUCCUAUGCAUACUGCCUUACCUGUAUGUAUUGUACUUCAUUGGAGGCAUGAAAAGUAAAUAUCAGGUUCUUAAUUUACAACGUGUUAAUGAGUUUUUAAAAUAACUCUGUAAUACUAAAUAUUUUCCAGUGAUCUGUCUACUAAGAGAGGGUGAUGAUGAGUAAGCCCAGGUGAAUUUAGUCAAAGAGUUAAUAUUGGUUGUCUUUAGUUUCACUUUUAAUUUCUGAAUUAUUUCAAUAAUUUUAAAUACAUAUCUUCCUUUAAGAAUUUUGUAUAGGCUAACCUAUGUUAGUAAGCCAACUUUUAGAUGAUUUGUAACAGCUCUGAUACUGCCUUUGACUCGUACAGUUCAUCCAAUGUCUUUGUAACUUAUUUUGUGCCUUUUCUUCCCCUUACACAAAAUGUCUCAAUAAAAACAAGUUCUUUUGCAACACUGCAAA